CUAGAUGGUCCUGCUUGAGCAGGGUGGUUGCACCAGAUGACCUCCAGAAGUGUCUUCCUACCUCAACCCUUCUGUCAUUCUGUGACUUUUCGGUUCAGAAAUUGCAACAUGGGGAUUUGUCAUCUAUUAAAAUAUCGUGUCCUCUCAGUUUUUACUGUGUGAAUGAUGGUGGUCCCUUAACAGGUAGUUAUUAUUGAUCUUUGAAUGUUAGGAUAAUGCUUUGUGCAGUCCUGGGAUGUCUGGUGACGUUUUUAAGAUGAUACACUGCUAUGAGUUAUGGUUUUUCAUUGUACUUUUCUUUCUAAAACUAGAUUCUUUCUUUAAUGAAGUAAUCAUACUAGUAACCAUUCCUUUAUGAAGACUUCCAGUACUGACUUCCUAAAACCGUAGUCUCAAGAGAAGAUGAGGCUUUGUGGAUUUUUUUUUUUUCACUUGUCCUGAAGUCACCAGUAGUUUGUGUAAGCUAUUGAAAUAAGACAAACAAACAGUUGCUUUCUUCAGUAAGGAAAAGUGAUUAACCAGAAUUAUAAUUAUUGCUGUUUCCGCUGAUUUAUUCUUGUCUUUUUUUGUGUAUAUGCAGAGCACAAAGUGAUCAUAGUAGGACUUGAUAAUGCUGGAAAGACUACUAUUCUUUACCAAUUCUUAAUGAAUGAAGUGGUUCAUACUUCUCCAACCAUAGGAAGCAAUGUAGAAGAAAUAGUGGUGAAAAACACUCAUUUCUUAAUGUGGGAUAUUGGAGGACAGGAAUCAUUACGGUCAUCGUGGAAUACCUAUUAUUCAAACACAGAGUUCAUCAUUCUUGUUGUUGACAGCAUUGAUAGAGAGCGACUUUCUAUUACAAAAGAAGAACUUUAUAGAAUGCUGGCUCAUGAGGAUUUACGGAAGGCUGCAGUUCUCAUCUUUGCAAACAAGCAGGACAUGAAAGGUUGCAUGACAGCUGCUGAGAUAUCUACAUACCUCACCCUUAGCUCCAUAAAGGAUCACCCAUGGCACAUUCAGUCCUGUUGUGCUUUGACAGGAGAAGGAUUGUGUCAAGGCUUGGAGUGGAUGACUUCCCGUAUUGGAGUGAGAUAGCUUUUUUUUUUUUUUUUUUUUCUUCUUCCCAAAAAGAAGAGACUUCUAUUUAAUCUGUGAACAUGCACAUUUUUCUGUACUUCUGGCUGCUGAGGCAGUGACCAUGUUUAAUUUAUAUCAGCCAACCCCCAAGCUGUACUUGAAUCAAGUGCAGUUGAACUGAAACACAAAGUAUUUUCUUAACUUUUUUAAUACACUAAUCUUCAACUGGAUGAACAUAUGUGAAUCUGUUCUUAAGCAUUGAAAUUCCUCUGAAUACGUAUUCUAACUUUUUCAAUGAUAGCUUUUUAAAAAUCUGUUGUCAUUGUCAAUAUUUCAUACUUCCUCUUUCUAAAUAGUUUAUAUAACUUACUAACAUCAAUGAGCGUAGUUUGAUUAAUGCAAAAGUAGUGAGUAGGUUGACUUUACUCUGGCAUAGCUUUAGCCUUUAGGGGUAACCGUAUCUCCAGCUGGGAUUCCUGGAACAUCAGUAGAGUUCUAACCAGCAUGGGAGUUAAUAGUUAUGAAUGCAAAUUUUUAAAUACUGAACGAGUUAGUUGUAGUUAAUAUUGUGGUGGCUUUUAACCUGGUAUAUAAUUGAACUUCUGCCUUAAAAGAAAUUUAUUUCAUUCUCAGUUUCUCUGGUAAGUGGUUCUAGGAUAUGAUUCUUUUUCUUUUACUUGAAAAUACAUCUGUACAGUGGACAAAAAUUUUGUUAUUAAGUGCUGGUUUAGUAAUUUAGAACUUGAAUACCUUUUUAAAAAUAAACCUCUUGAUAAUUAAAUUUGGAAUCAUGGCAGCCAGUGUUAUGUGUAAACUUGCUGUAAUCUGUUAAAAUUUUGAAUACUGUAUACAUAAGCUUUUCUCACCUUUUAGUGAGAGUUCUGUUUUCUAAAUGAAUGCAAAAUAAAAAGAGAUGCCAGAUUUAUAAACAGAACAAAAUCACGGUGCUGUAUCUCAAGACUUCAGAGUGAAAUUAAUCUCAAUGUUUAUUUACCUACUAUCAAAUAUGUUUUCAGAUUCUAUUGCAGAGAAAAUAUUUUGCCUUAAUUUUUGUUUCUAGUCUUAUUUGCGGGAGCAGAGAACUAAGUUAAUUGAGAACAUUAGAUGCCAAAAAAACCCAACCACCAAAUGCCCCAAAAAAUCUGAGAAAAAAAUAAAAAAGAAAACAAGAACAAUAAUGGACACCCAAUUCCUAGUGAAAUCCUAGCAGCAGUCAAGGAUCUGACCUACAUAAAUGCUUGGCAGGCUUUCCAGAAACACCAUUCUGCACUUUUGCAUGCCUAAAAGCCAUGUGGAGUCAGGUUACUAGAAACGUUCUGCUAAUUGACUGGAGUCCUUCAAUGACAAAAUGUUUUUGAUAAAUCAUGUUUUGGUAAUUCAAGCACACUGAGUUUUCUUUAAUAAAAUUUUAAGUUCUGUUAAUUUCAAUUUGAUUCCAUUUUUAUUUGAAUAAAGCUUAAUGAAAUUUUAAAAGUAUCAGCAAAUAUGUUGUUGUAAGUGUUAAAAAGAAGACUUUGAAUGCAUGUGGAAUCAGUGAUUGGUUGAAUGAAGUUACAUACUAAUGCUGGUUAGCAAAAGUCACGUUUAGGAGAAAGGCUGUGUUGAGUGUCAAGUCAAAAUGCUCCGAAAAUAAUUUACAACAGUGAAAAUUAGUGCUUAAAGAAAAAAAGAGGAAUGCAAGGCAAGGUUAAAAUCUGAUGCUAAAGCUUCUUGCUCCGAUGUUCAUGCUAACAACUGUUCUAAUGUGUGAAAAUAAGAUUUGUUUUGUUCUUAGGGAAGCAAAUUAUAAAUGAAAAAAUAAAAUGGUACUGUGAAUGAGGUUUCUUGUUUGGUUACUUAAUAAUUUCAGUUUGGUUUAUUUUUAUAUAAUUUGGAAUGUAGUCCUGAUUAUUUAUAAAAAGCACUGUUUGGAUGUAUAGCCCUUUGAUUGAUUGAAAAAAAACCAAACCCCACCACUUUCCAGGUAAAACCAUUUGUAAAUACAUAGUUUGAUUCCUCAGUCCAGUCUCACCUGAGGUAAUACAUAUAACUUCCAUUAGGGGGAAAUGGUCAUGUUGUAGACCUUAGAACUAUCAGCAUAGUGAAAGUUUUAAUUCCUUAACACUUAAGACCUUUGAGUACCUUUAGAGAAGGAAACAUUCUUGACAAUAGCUCUGAUUUUGAUCACCUUAGUACUUCAUUUGCUACAACAGUUUUCCAUUUAUGAUACCAGUUUGUUCACAAAUGCUGUGGGGUUUUUUUUGGUUUUUUUUUUGAGAAAGGCUUGGUGUAGAAUUUUGGGGGAUUUAUUUCAGAGCCUGUUCAACUAAAAGUAGUUUGAUUUAAAAUAAUUUUUACA